GCCUGGGCAGAGGAACGAACCCAAUCUCAACCUUGCCUGUGGCUGGGGGAGGGGGCUUGUGUGGGAGAAACCAGGAAGAGAAAUGGUAUGAAUGUAUUUGACAACUUCAACCUCAUGUAGCCUGAAUAGCUAGUGUCUAUUUGACGAAUACAUUUUACUCGACACAACGGAGACCCACUUGCUUUAUGUCAAAACGAAAUAAAAAUUUAGAACGGUAACCCCCGCUUUGAAACGAAGGUUAAAGUUCACAGGAAGCUGGGGGGGCUACCAUUUUUCACUGCUGCUUACAUUUUAGAUGCUAGAGAGGGAGGGGUGGUCGUCGUGGUUUUAUUUAAUUUCUCCAGACUAUUGAGCUGUACACGUUUUGUUUGUUUCGCCACCCCUACUCACUAACAAAAAUUGAUGUUGAAUGAAUUCGGCAUGGAGAGAAUAGCGGAGCAGUCGUGGAAUUCUUCAUACACCUAUCAGGUGAUCAAGCAUAGCGCGGAGAUGCUACACAAUCUCAACAUUCAGAGGAAAGAUGGAGGCAAGUUUUGCGAUGUGAUCUUGCGCGUCGGCGAAGAGAGCUUCCCUGCCCACAAGGCGGUACUGGCGGCGUGCAGCGAGUAUUUCGAGUCCGUUUUUGGGUGUCAAACGGAGGGCGACGGGGAGGCAAAAGAGCUCGAGAUGCAUACGAUAAGUCCCAAAGUUUUUAAAGACAUUUUGGACUUUGCCUACACCUCUAGGAUUGUGGUACGAUUGGAAUGUUUCCCCGAGUUGAUGACCGCUGCUAAAUUUCUGCUAAUGCGUUCUGUCAUCGAGAUAUGCCAAGAAGUAAUCAAACAGUCCAAUGUACAAAUUCUUGUUCCACCCUCAAGAAGAGGCGACGUUAGUUUAUUCCGUGCCACGGGGGGCUCUGAAUUUAGUUUCACAUUGGCUGUAGACAACAUGUCAAAUGGGAAUGGCUUGUUUACCAACAAUGGGCAGACGCAUAAUGUGGAUGGAAAUCGGGCCAAUGAUACAGUCAUGUCGGAUGGCAGCCCCCAGUCCUGUAUGCCAGUCCUGCAGCCCGUGUCUCCAUCAGAGAGGACGGGCAACCCGUUCCAAGAAGAGGGCUCUUCGGGUUCCAAGAGAGGCAGGGGGCGACCAAAGAAGGGGACAGUCAUGGAGCCUAUUCAUUACAACAUCAGCACCUCUGACGUUAAAGAAGACAUUGAGCAGAUAUUUCCUUGUGGAAUAUGUGGCAAGGCAUUUACAGAGGCUGUGCGGUUGAGAAACCACGAAGCGCAGCAUGGAGCGUCCAGCCAUGGCGCGAGUAGCGGCGACGGCUUGUCUGGCGAGGGAGGCCCUACCUCGAUAUCGCACUCUGGUCAGCCCGGUCUGUUGGAGAAUGGCAUGCCAUUGCAUGGAGGAGUAGGCCUAGAAAACAGCCGUAAGCGCGAGAGGACGAGACGUCAUGUUGGCUGUGACAUUUGUGGGAAGGUGUUCCGGGAUGUGUACCACCUGAACCGACACAAGUUGUCUCAUUCCGGGGAAAAGCCAUAUGCUUGCCAUGUCUGUGGCCUGCGGUUCAAGCGCAAGGACAGGAUGUCAUACCAUGUCCGGUCACAUGAUGGAUCUGUGGGUAAACCCUACCUCUGUCAAAGCUGUGGAAAGGGGUUUUCCAGGCCAGACCAUCUGAAUGGACACAUCAAGCAGGUUCACACAACAGAGAGACCCCAUAAGUGCCAGAUUUGUAAUGCUUCCUUUGCUACAAGAGAUCGCCUGCGGUCCCACCUAGCUUGUCAUGAGGACAAGAUCCCCUGCCAGAUGUGUGGGAAGUACCUCCGAGCUGCGUACAUGACCGACCACCUCAAGAAACACAGUGAAGGACCUCACAACUACUGUGGUAUAUGCAACAAAGACCUGUGCACCAGUCGACGGCUGCUGGUCACCUUCCCAGAGGCAGAUGGUCACUGCUUUCUCCCCCAGGCCGGCCCUCCCUCCCUGGGUCUGCAGCCUGAGCUGCUCCUGGGGAAACCAGGGCCUGGGGGGGCUCCAUAUUUCUGGGAGUGCCACUCUGCCGGGCCGCCUGGGUUUCACCCCCUCCACGGGCCUCUGCCAGACGGGCAGGAGAAUGCUGGAAAAUGCCCCCAUCAAAGAGAAUCUGAGGGAGACGAGCCGUUGUUCGGGGAUCUGUCCAACGGCGACGAAAUUAAGUCUCCGCACAAGUCUGAGGAAGAGGAGCUUGGGACGCCGUUCGACUGCAACGGAGCCUCUACCGAUACCGGGGCCGUGGGAGGGUCGCCACCAGGUGACGUUAAAGCCAAGACCAGCCAGGACUCUCCAGUGAAGAAGUUCCCUUGCAGCGAGUGCACCCAGACCUUCCGCACCAAGUCUUACCUCAAUAAGCACGUCAACAGAGUGCACCAUCAUGGGGUCCAGAAGAGUCUAGUGGUGGGUGUAGGGUCGGGGUCAGGUCUGGGGGAGCUGGGUCCUUCCCUGGGCUCUCCCUUCUCCCCUCAACAGAACAUGUCUCUGCUGGAGUCAUUUGGCUUCCAGAUCGUCCAGUCUGCCUUUGCCUCGUCGCUGGUGGACUCUGAGGCAGGACAUAGUGGGAUGGAGCUGGGGGGGAAGUGACCUGUAGCUCAGUGGGGUGGAAGUGACCAAUAGGUCAAUGUGGGGGGACGUGAACCUAGAUUUGUGUGGGAAAUUUGCCCUAGUUAGGUCUGUUCAGCCUAUCAGAUGUAAGGGAAUGGCGUCGUCUAUAGACUGCUCUUGACGUUGUCUAUAGACUGCUCUUGACGUUGUCUAUAGACUGCUCUUGACGUUGUCUAUAGACUGCUCUUGACGUUGUCUAUAGACUGCUCUUGACGUUGUCUAUAGACUGCUCUUGACGUUGUCUAUAGACUAGUCUUGACGUUGUCUAUAGACUGCUCUUGACGUUGUCUAUAGACUGCUCUUGACGUUGUCUAUAGACUGCUCUUGACGUUGUCUAUAGACUACUUUGCUGUUCAUGGCAUCAUCGCUCACUGUUGUUUUAUUACAUUCUGUGUCAUGGAGCUCGCUAUUACUAUCUAUAUACAGCAUUUCUUUAUGAAGACCAUUUCAGAGCAGAAUAUAAAAUGUACAUUAACAUGAAUUAUUUUAACGUUAAGCAACUUAGACAGCGGAUUUUAGAAAGCUGUUCCUUUUGGAUUGUAUUUGUAUGGUUGUUUAUGACAUAACGAUGCCCUUAAGAUCCGUUACCAUACACAUGCACAUAUAAGAAAAAUAUAUUAGUAAAUGCUGUUAUUAUCAUGUCAGGUAAUGGAAAUACAGAGUGUGGUUGGUAACCAAUGGGUUAGUACAUGCAUUCACUGGGUCAUUUUGAAUUGCUUUGUUAUUAUCAAUAUGCUGUUCACAGCUGCGGUGAAACCGUCAAACCCAAGCUUCCCCUUACUUCAGACAGAGCUCCUGAAGGGGAGCGGCUGCAAAUGGAACUCUGGUCUAACUCUGAAUAGAAUCCUAGUCAAUUCUAUCAGUUUCUGCAGGGCAAGGAUAAAACCCUAUGGCUGUUCCAUUUGAGAAUGUUCUAUUCUCUUAUUACAGAAUUUUAGAGAACAGAUGUAUUUGUUAGUCACGUGAAAUCAAUUCUAGGUAUUCAACAGGGACCAAGUUCAGGUUUGACUAUUAGAAAUCGUGAGACAUGUAGAAUAUAUUUUAUUAAUUUAUUGAUUGCCCUGUAUGCUUUGUGGACAAAGUUUUUUUUAUGAGUUGAUGUUUGAGAUGUCGAUGUGUUGUACUGAUUUUAGUCUAUAAGUUAUGCUAGAUACAGAAGGCCAACUAGGGAGCGACAGUGAGUAUGUAUGCUGAAAUAUCUGGAUGUGUUUGGUGCUCUCUGAUAUGUGCUUUUGUCCUCCGAAUCUAAUCAACAAGAAGGCUUUUAGUCUAAUUGUUUGUCAGAUAGUUUUGCUUUAUUACUUUCAGUACAUUCCUGCUUUUAUUUAUCGUUAUAUUGUGAUUGUAACGAGUGUAUAUAACAUUCAUUCAUAUACAGUGGAUUCAGAAAGUAUUCAGACCGCCUGCAUUUUUCCACAUUCUGUUAGGUGUCAGCCUUAUUCUGAAAUUGAUUUAAUUGUUUUUUUCCCUCAUCA